GACGACAUAGAAUUUGAGCAGAGCGCCAUACGGUAAAGCCAAUAGUGACAGCAAAACAGCCAACAAGCAAGAGCCCAUCAUAACACAUUAAAUGGUGAGUGAGGAAAAACGUUUCGUCUUGUCUUGUCUGGUCUGGCUCUGGUCUGGUAUCGUACGUUUCGUUUGCUCAGACUAAAAGGGGAAAAUGUGAAAACUGCUUAAACGGAAAAAUAAAAAAAAAAUAAUUAUAAAAAAACAAAAAAAAAAUUAAAAGCCUUUAUUUAUUAAGUGGAGUAACAGAAGGAGGUGGUGAAAAGUUUAAAACAGAAUUGUAGUUUUUCCUGUGUAACAUGCUUAAAAGAAAAUUGAAGAAAAAUCAAAAAUAAAAAUGAUGUUUGGUAGUUUAACAAACUAAAUCAAUUAUUUUUUUGUUUAACGAAAAAGUGAAAGUUAUGAUUUUUCUAAUAUUAAGAAAUUGAAAAAAAGUAUUAUGAAAAAGUUUACUUAAAACUCACAGCCACAUAGAAAUGUCUCGUUAAAAUACAUAUGUGUGGCUAGGUAUGGCAUAUACAUAUGUACGCCACACACAUGCACACUCUCACCUAGCCAUGCACAGUAUAGGCCAAAAAGUUAUUUUUAUAUAAUGUAGAGGAAACGAAAACAUUGCCGAGAAAAAUACUCACUCAUUCACUCGCUCACUCACUAGGCUGCUCGCUCGCAUGUCAAAGGCGAAAAACGUACGGAACGGGAAAAAAAUCACAAAACGAAAACAAAAAUAAGUCGCACACGAUUCGAAAAAAAUAAAACAAAAACAAAAACAACAAGAAGCAGAACGAAUUUUCUUUUUUCCUUCUUUUUCUGAGUGCUCGACUGCCUGCUUGCCUGCCUGCCUGUCGUCGUCUGUCUGUCUGUCGUCUCUUCUUUUGCGUUUGAACAAAAAAAUUGUGUAACAAAAAUUCAAAAUAAAUUUUUUCACCAAAACCCAUAUCCCUUUCAACGAAUUUUAAAACGAAAAAAAUCCACUGUAAAAGGAAAAUUUGUGCAAAAAAGGGCUUCUUAGCCAGGAAAUGUGAAAUGUGAAAAGCAAAUGGAGUUGACAGUGAUUGGCAAAUGUCGGUGCAAGAAAUCGAUAAUGGGCAAAGCAAGCGGCCCAACCAAGUGUACGAAAAAUUAACUUUUUUGAAUUAAAUAAUGAAUAGAAGUGUAAAAAGUUUUUAAACAAAGGCAAAAAAUAACUACGUUGUAAAAAAAACAAAAAAAAAAACGUUAAAAAAAAUUAUCAUCUAGACUUUUCUUUCACCUUGCAGUUUUUCACCCUUUCGAUCCAUGCACCCAGUUGUCUACCUUAAACCAUGUUGGCAUUACUGCAACACCCAAAUAAAGCGAUACCAAACAACAAUAGCAACAAUAAAACAACUGUAUGCACAAAAAUAAAUUUUAAUUUUUUAUAAAAAAAUGUAAGCAACAGCAAAAAAAGACAAUAAGAAAUUUGGAAAUAAAAAGAAACAACAACAACUAAAAUAAAAUAAUAGCAAAUAGCAAAAUGUUCGAUAUCCGUUGAGUUCCUAUAACAAAUGGCUGAUAAACAACAACGACAACAACAUACCACAACAUAAAUAAAAUAACAACUACAGCACGUACAACCAACAACAUCUCUCUCUCUCUCUCUCUCUCUGUCUCUCUCGCUCAACACACUCUCAUAGCAACACCAAAAAAAUCAAAUCAACAAAAGAAAACUCUGCAAAGCAAAAUAAAUAAAUAAAACAACAACUACAAAAGCAGUCUCUCUGACAACAACAAAAGAAAAAGCAGCCGCAUCCAUAGGCCACCAGACAAUGAUAAUGUCGUUGAUAAUGUUGCCACCUGCCACCUUUAAAGAUACUGUCUACAAAACAUUGCCAAUGUUGUUACGAGCCUAAAGGGAUAUCCUCAAAAAAAAAAACAAACAGCAGCGCAGCAGUUGUCAUCUGUCUACUUCGACUUCUUCGUCUUCUUCUUUCUUUAUCUUUCCCAUAUUCAGUCUUUCGCACAAACCAUACACUCUCGCUCACUUCUAUGCCAAAGGCAAGGCUGAUAAACAAAUGUUGGUGGGAUUUAAUAUUUUCAACAGAAAUUUUCUUACUCUGCUUUAAAAGACUUCUUCGCAUCUCAAUCUCUUAUCCUGUUUUAUGGACAGAUUUCCUGUUGGCCCAACAUUGCGUGCGGUUGUGUUGACCCAAUUUCAUCACUUCAACUAGACACAGCCAUCCAAGACAUGAAAAGAAAAGCUCAAAUUCAAAAAUAAAACCAAAGGUCUUCCAAGUAUAACAAAAACUAGAAACAACAUCCUGUAAAACUCAAUAAAAAAAAAACAAAAACAACAAAAAACCAAGGCAAACCACAACGACUAACAACAAUUGCAAAAGGCAAACAGAGAAACACCAUUCUCAUCAAUAAUAACAACAACGAACAACGGAGUAACAUACAAAAGCCUUUUUCACAAGGCAUGUUUAUACCUGAUUCACUGCGUAGCUGUAUGAUCGAGACGGACGUUAACUCUUAUCUGCAAACAUCAUCCUCAGGACAGGUGCUGAACUUAUACGUGGAUGAGUUUCAUCCGUUCAUUGAAGCCCUGUUGCCAUAUGUCAAAUCAUUUUCGUACUCGUGGUUCAACUUACAAGCAGCCAAGCGUAAAUACUACAAGAAACAUGAGAAACGCAUGUCAUUGGAGGAGGAGCGACAUUGCAAGGAUGAACUACAGAACGAAAAGGCUGAGGUUAAACAGAAAUGGGCUUCCCGUUUGCUGGGAAAAUUACGCAAAGACAUAACCCAAGAAUGCCGCGAAGACUUUGUACAGUCCAUAACGGGCAAACGCAAAUCGAUAUGUGUUCUCUCCAAUCCCGAUCAGAAAGGCAAAAUGCGUCGCAUCGAUUGUUUGCGGCAGGCGGACAAGGUUUGGCGGCUCGAUCUAGUCAUGGUCAUACUCUUCAAGGCCAUACCUUUGGAGAGCACCGAUGGCGAACGUCUGGAAAAAUCUCCCGAAUGCAUACACCCGGCUUUGUGUGUCAAUCCCUAUCACAUCAAUGUCUCAGUGCGUGAACUCGAUUUGUAUUUGGCCAAUUUCAUCAAUACCCACGAUCCAUUGAGUAGUCCUACGCCCACAACACCGCCUCCGGGCACACCCUCAACGCCUUCGCUCAUGCUCUAUAGCAAUGAGCAUAAUGCCAGCACCAACAACAACAACACCAAUAGCUCAGACAAUAAGAAACACAUAGAAGAAGAGCGCAAGAACAAAGACGUAGACAACACACCAUUUGCAGGCUACAGCCACAAUCCCUACAAUGGUGUUGUGUGCAAUGAUAUAAUUUUGGCCACUGGUGUUUUCUCUUCCAAGGAGCUUUGGAAGCUGUCAAAAGAGAGGAACAACUCUUUCAUUUUAGCUUCCAUAUUGGAAGAAACCGCCAAUGAUCUCAUCCAGGCUAGCUCGAUCAAAUUGGAGCAUCCGGCGGCUGCCUAUGAGUGCAAUACAUAUCAAAUGUCAGCCUCAGGAGCUCCACUGGGUUCGGUGGUGGGAGGAGUUAACAGUGCGGGUAUGGUGACAGCAAGUGAUGGCAGGGCCUCGGUUAGUGCUUCCAUGGUAUUGCCCUCGGGUUACAGCAUUGACUUUGUGGAUCCACGCAGCAGCAUGCAUCUCUCAAACUCCUCUCUGCUGAGGGCCUCUUCGGCUACCACCUGCAAAAGUGAUCCCAAUGGCUCGCCACAGGAUGGCAGCAGUUUCUCUGUGAUAUUGAGGCAAAAUGAAGACAAUGGCAGCAAUGGCGGAGCCGCUGCCAGCAAUAAUGCCGAUGAUCCUGCUCUACAGAGGUACACGCCCACCAGCAAUAGAGUGUUGUUGAGUAUGGGGCAAAUGAGGCCAGGAGAAGUGCUUAUGCAACACAAUGUCAGCUCUUCCUUGGUGCCAAACUCGGUUAGCCCUGCUUUGUAUUAUCCCCAGCAGAACAGUCCCAACUCCAAUGCUAAUGAGGCCGCCGAAGAAGCCCAUCAUCAGCAACACCAUCAUCAGCAGCAACAACACCACCAGCAUCAUCAUCAUCAACAUCAACUGCAUCAGGCAUCCGCUACACCCAAAUAUGCCACCGAGUUGGUCAACCACGGUCAGGAUAUGUCGGAAUUUGUGGCUUAUGUCUGCCAGGAUACUGGGGGUAUACAUGCCGCCAAUGCGGGCGAUCCUUCCGACUUACAUGUGCAUCAUCACCAAACGUCUUCCCAUUUUCAAUUGCAGCAUGCUGCUGCCGCCGCUGCUGUGGGUCGGGGUCCCAAGAUUUCAGCAGUCUCGGCUGCCGCAGCUGCGGCACAUUACCAGCAAUACAGCACCAUGUUGCCACCACCACCGCUACCGCCUAUGGCCCGGCCGGUGGCCAUAAUACGUUCGACGGGGGAUUUAACCAUGGUGGCGUCACCACCCUCAUCUGCCGCCAUAUCACCGCCCCCUCUGACGAGUGUAUCCUCGGCUGGUGAUUCGCCACGACAUCAUCACCAGAGUUUGCAGCAUCAUCAUCCUUCCUCACAUCAUCAUCAUCACCACCAUCAUCAUGGACAUCAGCAGCAGCAACAGCAACAUCAUCAGGCACAGCAGCAACACACCACUAUCGAUCACACCUCGAAUUCCAGCAGUGGCCUAAGCUCAAUGACUUCGAAACUAACCAACACAACCGCCUCCACCAGUUCCGCCCAAGAGUCUACAACCAGCACCAUAACUGUGGGCAGCAAUAAUAAUUCUUCCGAUUUGGUGGUGGCCUCUACAGCGUCGGCAUCACCGCCUCCAGCACCCACACAAUCGCCGCAUGCACACAUCAUAGAUGUGGCAAGAUGUAAGACAUCGCCCACUUCAUCGGCGGCGGCAGCAGUUGCGGUGUCCACACCCACAUCGGCGUUGACGCGUAUAUCGGCCCAACCGUAUCCCAAUACGAAUGGGCGUGAAUACUUUAAUCAUUUCCAUACACAAACCACACCGCUCUUGGGUUAUACCACCAUGUCGGGGGUCAUCAGUCCUACAAAUCUUAGCCUCUAUUCAUCUACAACGGGUGUUACAUCGCAUCGCACCACCCCCAGGUCACGCUGGAAUUCCUCUUUUCUUUCCAUGGAAGAUGAUUUCAACAUGAUGUCCCACACACUGACAAGCACAAAUCCAGAAGCCACUCCAGUCAUACUUAUGGAAGAUUCUGGUCGUUACAGUGAUGAAUAUGUCACAAGUCGUGAUUAUGUUACAUGAUUAUAAAUGCAUCAAUCGUUUUAUAUGCCCUACUAGAACUGCAAUCACAGCAACAGACAGCAACAAUAAUAACAAACAAACCAAAACUGUAAGAAAUAAUAACACUACUAUUCUAUACAUACAUAUAUAUAUAUACAUACAUCUAUUCUAUACUGUAACUAUAGAUACAACUAGAAUAUUUAUAUAUAAAAAAAUUAUUAUUAUUAUUUAUUAUUUUUAUAUAAUUAAGAGAAGAGAGAAAAAACAAAAACACUUGUUUUAGGAAAUUUAUUUGCAAGCAAACAUGUUGAAAUGUUUGAGAGGAAAUAUUAUAUACACAUAUAUAGCUCAAGGCAAAUCCCUAAGCAGUUAUAGAUCAUGAAAAAAGUCGGAGUUCGAGGCAAUUGGAUACACCAAUGAAGAGAAAGUAUAAAGUUCAAAUGAAAAUUCAAUUUGAAGCUAAGAUUUCAUUGUUUUUGGUAUUGUUUUUAUUUAAUGCUUGAAGAAGAUAAUAUAGCUCAAGGUCUUAGCUGUUUUUAACAAUUUGAAUCUAUUUCCUAAGUUAAUUAAAUCAAAAGUUUUAGGGAAAAAACUGAUUUAUUAACAAAAUUUAUAUAAAUCAUACGCAACCUGGGCAAAAAAUCAGUUUUUAAUUAAUAUCUUAUUUUAAACGGAUUUUUGUAUGGUUUUUCUUUGUUUUAU